AUGGACCGACACCACUCGAAUUCUCCUCCUCAGCAACUAUCAAAACGAGAUAAACGACGCUCUAUGCUGGCAGAUCGUCUAGAAGAGAUUACCAGGCACUUCUCACAGAAUCGAGACAUACACUACCGCGAACAGCUACAGGCACUGCAGAUCGACGUCAACCUCAUAAUGGAAGCCAAAGCCCACGGCAACGAACCGCUGCCAAACACACCCGAAGAGAUCGAUGCUCUGGUAGAGGAGAACAUCAAGACUGUCCGGAAGUCUCUUGGUCCUUAUCCCCCUCCUAGAGCGGGCAAAAUGUAUGCAGACUUCGCGAAGGAGGUUAAUGAUGCGAUGGAGGAGCGAGACGCUGCUUUGACAAUGCACAUGAGAGAGUGCGAAGUUAGGAAGAGCCAGAUUAGAGCUGCCCACGCAUAUCGGAUGAAGCUUGCGGCAGGUGAACACCGCGCACUGGCCAAUACAAUCAGAGAUCGAUUGAUCAACAGUGUCACGAGCAAGAAGAACCGACUCUCCAGAGACAAAGAGACACUUGAAAUCUCGGACAGCAGCGCCCUUCUCCUCCACCCGAGCCAGUUUGGUCUCUCAAACCCAGCGAGCCCGGGCGGCAUGCACUCGAAACGAGCAACCCGACACCGCCGAGAUGCAGACGACUUCCCUACCUUCCCGGAUAGCAACAAGCGGAAGCGCAGAGGAGACGGUGAUGAGUCCCCAGCCCCAAGCCGCCAGCGACUCGACAAUGGCAAUAGCACACCCAUUUGGUAUGCCGACAAGCACAGAAUGAUGGCUCAACAACUCGACUCCGCGCUCUUCAGCAUCGACAAACUCUUUACAGAGAAGGAGCUAGCAAUGACCUACAAUGUCGCUGCUCUAGCCGCACACUCGCAGAUGCAACGACACGAACCCUACGACGACGACGACUUCUACUCUUCCUCGAAUGGCAAAUCUGACGCGGACACAGAGCAGGAUGGCACCGCCGCAGGCGACCACGAUGGCCACGAUGAUACAGACUCUCCCCCCUCAGGCGCCGGCAUGGAACGUCAAUACUCGCAUGCAACACGUAGCACGCGUGGUGCUGGCAUUCCUAAUUUCGUCACUGGCUUGGGUAUCGAUGCCAUUAGCGACCUCAACUUCCCUGGAAACAUGGCAGCCAUGAACAAGCAGAUCCCGAAAUUGCCGCCGUUGCUUGCGAGCACCAUGCAGAAGUCAUAUGUGAAGGGCGAGAACGCAAAUGGUGUUGCUGGCUUGGCGCCGGACGAGGCCAACGCGGAAUUGGAGAUCAUCAGGCAGGCGCGGCUGUACAAUGACCACCACGGCCUCGGACGAAACCUCGACCUGGAGAAUGGAGGACGGGCCAUAUUGGAAGCCGUGAGCUGGCCGCGGAAGCAUGACCACUAUGUCAAAUCGGACGAUAAACACAUGCUGGAGAGCAAUCUGCGGGAACAGAUGCCGCUUUCGGGCGGGGAGCCGAUGUCGAGCGCCAACAGCGCGAUUGGCGGGAUCCCCAUGUCGCGUCAGAACACGGGAGAGGGCACAUCGAGUCGGGGCCGAAAACUGAAGCCGGUGGCAUCUGGGAACUAG